CUUCUCCUUUCGCUUCCUCGGCGAUGGUGUCUGCGUAGGAAUCCCAGCCACACGCAGCGAGGUGUCUAAGAUGCAAAGGCAGCGAGCAGCAACGAGCAACCGGAAGAUGGCAGGAGAGAAGCCUGGCCUGAAAACCAGUAGCUCCAUCGUGCCCUGCUUCCUCUUUGUGGAGCUGGUGAUCAUGGCUGGCACCGUGCUCCUGGCGUACUACUUUGAGUACACAGACACCUUCCCCGUCCACAUCCAGGGCUUCUUCUGCUAUGACAAGGCCUUCUCCAAACCGUACCCGGGGCCCGAGGACAGCAGCAAGGCCCCACCGGUGCUGGUCUACUCGCUGGUCACCGCCAUCCCCACCGUCACGAUCCUGGCAGGUGAGCUGACGUGCUUCUUCAUGAAGUCCGAGGGCAUGCAGGAGAAGACCAUCGUGACAGCUGACUGCUGCUACUUCAACCCCCUGCUACGUAGGAUCGUUCGCUUUCUUGGGGUCUAUUCCUUUGGCCUCUUCACAACCACCAUCUUCGCCAACGCCGGGCAGGUGGUGACAGGAAAUCCGACGCCCCACUUCCUGUCGGCCUGCAGGCCCAACUACACGGCUCUGGGCUGCCAGUCCGGCAUGCAGUACAUCACGGAGCGGCGCGCCUGCACGGGGAACCCUUUCAUUGUCGCAUCCGCCCGCAAAUCCUUCCCCUCCAAGGAUGCUGCCCUGAGCAUCUACUCCGCCGUCUACACCGUGAUGUAUGUGACCCUGGUGUUCCAGACGAAAGGCACCCGUCUGACCAAGCCCACCUUGUGCCUCACGCUGCUCUCGCUGGCCGUGCUGGUGGGCAUCGUGCGCGUCGCCGAAUACCGCAACCACUGGUCAGACGUGCUUGCGGGCUUCCUGACCGGGGGUGCCAUCGCUGCCUUUCUGGUGACCUGCGUGAUCAACAACUUCCAGCAGCCGCAGCCCCCGACUCCACCAGUGAGGCCCCCGCGCCCGCAGCCCGUGGUGGGCGUGCCUACGGUGGCACUGCCCCGUGUCGAAAGUCCACUCGAAAAACUUCGGGAGCUCCGUUCACCGAGAUCACAUGACCAUCAGCCUUACCUGUUCCCCGCCACCCCCGAUGUUCUCAUACCGUCUCGCUCCAUUUCCAGCGAAGUCUAGACCUGCUGCCGGGACACCCCCCCAAGUGUGCGGCCCACCCCGCUGGGCGUCUGCCCCUCUGCCGCUCUUACUCCACCCAGGUCUAGACUCACACCACCUUGUUUCAUACACAAACUGUACCCUUCCUGGACGAGCUCCAGGCCCCUCGAGAGUCCUCAUCACCCACCGUACUGUACAGCGUCACUGUAAAGUCUUCAGUUGUGUUGUGGUCGGCGGAGCGUUUGUUGCUAGUACCUUCAUCAUCAUCCGAUUCUGUCCGUCUCAACUUCAAGAACUGUGAUGACAAUCCAUAUGCUUCCAAAUUGUUUCCGUUUGGUUUAUAUAUGUAUUUUUAAAAUUUCCUUCCACUCAAAACGUAGAUGUCCUCAUUACCCGGUGGCCUAGAUUUCUUCUCUUUUCUCCUGCUUUUGUUUCUCAAAUAGCAACAGUCUGGCCGCUUUCUAAAUCUAGACCUCCUAAAGAGGGUUUUCCCAGGUGCGUGUUGCUGGUCUUUACUAUGUUUCCUCUUUCCGUAUAGCAUCUGCGAAUUCAGUUGUCUCAACCAGCUGCAGCCCCCAAAACCUGAACACAUGAAGCAAACGACUGUCAUCCCACAGACCUUUGUUAAUAUAUUUAGUCCUUUACGCAAGACAGAUUCAGGACAUUAGACUGGUGGUUUCAAACUUUUUGAGUGAUGGUGCCCUCAAGCCAUAUAUCCUGCUCCGUGGCACCCCGGUCAAUUUUUAUCUGGAGCGCUUUCCCGGGAACACUUAUAAAUAAUUACCACAAUAAUUAUACUAUGACUCUCAAACAAGUCAAACGCAUCCGCUGACAAAAAUCGAUCACGUAUUGGAUGGAGGGCAACUAUAAAUAAACUGAUGUAAAGCAGAUGAUGACUAUUAUAUCAGUUUACUUUAGCUUAAUCAUUAAUCAUGAGUGUGUACUAGUAUGAAGGAAAGGACAUCUGUCCAAGAAAAUUGUUAAAUCUCUGCUGUAGUGCUGUAGUAUGCGGUGCACAAUAACAUAUCCCAGAUAGUUCAAAGUAAAUACGAAUAGCUUGAUUUUUAUUUCACGAUCUACAGGAGGCCGCGUUGUCGAUUAUUAGAAACUGUGCCAUUCUUGUCUGAAAUAUUAACAACAAUAUUUAAGGCGAUCAAGCUAAAGCAAAAUUGCUGAGGAUCUCACACUGCCACUGGUACCCUGGCCUAACUUCAAACACGUGUCAGUGUAAGUAGUUAAUGUGUGAAAACAGAUCAGGUUGUUCAGAUGGCAACUUGUGCAGUGCCCUGGACGACAAAAAAAAAAAAAAAA